CGCGGUGUCAAUUAUAAUACAGAGAUAUCGUUUGAGAAACGACCUGCAUCAGGUUUCUAUGACACUUCCAAUGAGCAUGUUGAUCCUUUGGCGAUCGAUUUUUGCAGAAUGAGACAACAACACCUAGACGGUGAACUCCGACAAGAAAAGGAGGAAACGGAGCGCAGGAAAGAUAAACAGAAAUUGAAACAACGCAAAGAAAAUGAUAUACCUAUGGGUAUGCUCAACAAUGAAGAGCCUGUAAAGAAAAGGAGUAAAUUAGUUUUG